AUGGCGGACACAACACCCGUCUAUCUCCAGAAACUCCAGAGCAUUCCGAGGGAGAAAUUCCUCUUCGGGCCUUCGCCUGUGCAGUUCCUGCCGCGAUUAUCGAAGGAGUUGUCGCCCGGGGGAGGUGUGAGGAUCUGGGCGAAGAGGGAUGAUUGUAAUAGGUAUGUGUAUAUCUUGUCCCUUCCCUCCCGAUUUUCACUAGAAAAUUCGUCAUUAUAUUAUCAUGCUUGGUUGAUUGACACGAUCGCUCUUCUCUUCGCUCGCCGCGCAGUGGUCUCGCAUAUGGCGGCAACAAAGUCCGCAAACUGGAAUAUCUCGUCGCCGACGCCCUGGCGAAGGGUUGCACGCAUCUCGUCUCCGUCGGCGGAGUCCAGUCGAACCACACGCGCGCCGUGACGGCCGUGGCGACCGCUUCGGGCCUGCAGGCCGUCACGGUGCAGGAGAAAUGGGUUCCAAUUGAUCCGCCUCUCUACGAUAAAACGGGCAACAUCCUGCUCUCCCGCCUCAUGGGCGGCGACGUGCGCCUCAACCAGGAAGGCUUCGAAAUCACCCACAAGGAAGCCACCAAGCAGGCCGUCGCCGAGGUGGAGCAGCAGGGUGGGAAGGCGUACUACGUCCCCGCCGGCGCGUCGGACCACGAACUCGGCGGUCUGGGAUUCACGAAUUUCGUCGUCGAGCUGGCGGCGCAGGAAAAGCAACUGGGCGUCUUCUUCGACACCCUCGUCGUCUGCAGCGUCACGGGCUCCUCGCACGCCGGGCUCGUCGUGGGCGCCGUAGCCGAGGGCAAAAACCGCAAAGUCAUCGGCAUCGACGCCGGCGCCAAGCCCCAACUCCGCGCCCAAGUCACGCGCAUCGCCCGGAAUACCGCAAAACUCCUCGACCCGGCCCUCGAGAUCCCUGACGACGCCAUCAUCCUCGACGAUAGAUUCCACGAGGGUAUCUACGGCAUUCCCGGACCGAGCACCAUCGCCGCGAUGCAAUUGGCCGCGAGGACCGACGCGCUCAUCACGGACCCCGUCUAUGAGGGCAAGAGUAUGGCGGGGCUGGCGCAGCUCGUGCGCGAGGGGGCGAUCCCGGCGGGGAGUAAUGUGCUGUAUGUCCAUCUCGGGGGUCAGCCGGCUCUCAAUGCGUAUUCGAGUUAUUUCGAUGAGAGGGGGGAUGCGGUGUUGAAUGGAUCGGGUUAG